GGGGUGUGGCGGAUAGGGAAGUGCAAAUGGUUCAACGUUGCCAAAGGAUGGGGCUUCGUGACUCCCGACGAUGGAGGGCAGGACAUCUUCGUGCAUCAGAGUGUUAUCAAGAUGUCGGGGUUCCGCAGCCUUGGGGAAGAAGAACCUGUGGAGUUCGAGUGCAAGGUGUCAGACAAGGGUCUUGAGGCCACGGUGGUGACGGGGCCCUCGGGGGCUGACUGCCGUGGCUCGCAUAGGAGACCCAUGAGUAAAAAACGUUUCAGGAAAAUACGGUGCUACAACUGUGGUGAGUUUGCGAACCACAUUGCAGCCAAGUGUACGAUGGGACCACAACCUAAACGGUGUCAUUACUGUAAGAGUGAGGACCAUCUCAUAGCAGAGUGUUCACAGCGCCCAGAAAAAGGCCGGGGAUCUGAAGGCACAGACACAGAACUUGGAGAGUCCAGAGUGUAGUUGCCUGAGCUGGAUACUGUGUGGUUGCUGUGGUGACCACACCGGCCAUGACAUUGUAUGGUAGUGCCAUUGAAUGUAUCUACUUUUGAUUCUCAUUAAGAGUAUCCUGAUUUGAAAUAGGUGUUCAUAGAAAUGCAUUGUUCAAAAACUAAUGUUCCUUUUACAAUUAAUGUAUAUUAUGCAUACAUAUUAACUAUUUUUUACCUAUUACAGUGUUAUCUAUGUUACUUUCUUUUGGUAAUUUGGUAAAUUAUGAAUUCAGCAAUUACAUAGAUAUAUUCUUUUGAUUUUGAAACAUGGUCAGCCAUUGAUCUUUAUCUGUGUUGAUAAAAUACAGUCUUAUAACUACAACAUAAGAUCAUUGAUGCAGAUCUUGAGCAGAAUGCCAUACAAUGAAAAUACCUCACUUGUAUAAAUCCUGUUUUAAAAUUCGUUAGAUAAAUAUAAUUCUAACUAACACUAUGCAAAGAUUCAUAUAUAUUUGAUGUAAUGUACUAUAGGUAAAAAGGAGUAGAGUAUCACUUGGAGUAAUAAGGUUUUAAGAUGCAAUGUGUAGUAAUUUAUGUAUGAUGCACGAGUGUGUGGAGUGUGCAUGGAGGUGGUGGACACGGGAGCACACGUGGGGUGUUUGUAUGCAAUGCCAUAUUUUCUCAAGGAUUUACCAGUAAGUGGGUAAACAGGGAUGGAAAAUUAUAUUUUUGUUUUCAUCCUGUGUAAUCUCAGACAGUAAUGCUUCACAUGUUUGUAGGAUUUUUUUUUUUUUCUCAUGGAUUGUGAAUCAUAGUUUUUGAUGGUAGUGGGAGGACUGUCUAAGACAACCAGACUACUUGAGCCAUGGCAGUUAUUCUGGCUUGAUUGUUAACCAGUCCUUCACAUUACAAGGAAGAGGUGCUUGUACACAACUGCAUAGUUAAAAGUAUAUAAGUAAGCAAAUACUUUGGCAUAUAUAAUGUACAUACUUGUGUAAUUGUUAAUUAUUAAGGAUAGAACUUCAGAUGAUAUAAAUUACACCAGGGUACAUUUUAAUGAUAUCUUCAGCUUCCUUUCACAUGUACAUGUCAAGACAUGUGAAGUAAGCAAACCAUCAACAAUGAAUUACUAUUUCAAACAAGGUAAUUGUGAGGAAUUACAGCUGAAUUACUGAUAUUUGUGUAAUAUUUACAAAAGUACAUUUUGCAUUAUUUGCCUUUACAUAGUGACUCAGAGUGCAACUCAGGAGUGUUUGUAUAAGCUAUUAUGCAACUUAUAUAUUUUUAAACAGCUUGCUGCUUUUGCAGUAUAUGUACUACAAUGUGCUCUCAGGAACUGUGUGUAUGUACAUAUAUAUAUAAUCAAAAAAUCUUUGUUCAUGAUUCAUAUACACAGCAGUAUGUUCUUUAUAUAAAGUUACAAAAUAUCUACUUUUUUUUAAUUGAUAUGAAAAUGUAGAAAAGCAGCAUUAGCAUCAGUUAUCAACAUCAUCAAAAUUUGUGAACAUUAUGAUAUAUGUACAUGAUAGAAAUCUUUGUGACCAAACAUCCUCCACCUGCACUUGGUCCCAUCACCUUUGCUCCCUCACUUUGCUACAUCAUCCUGAGUAUCAUGAGUCCCUUCAGGAAAUCUUAGACACAAGUGAUGAUAGAAUGAAAGUAUGAGAACAUACUGCAAUGUAUUUCAGAUAAAUAAUUUUUUUCCAUCCAAGAAAGUAGUGAUAGGAAUAUAUAGCCAACCAAUAUGUACCUACUAAAGGUUUUCAUAUAAUAUAUCACUUAAUGCAUCUGCUGUUACAGUGUUGCAUAGCUUCAUAUCAGUCAUCAGGAUGACUUUGGUGUGUGACUGGAAAGUGCAAUGUGGUAACAGACUUUGCUCAUCUUGUCAGACACAUGUGGAAUUUUAGGUGCCUUAAACCUACACACACACACACACACACACACACACACACACACACACACACACACACACACACACACACACACACACACACACACACACACACACACACACACACACCCCCAUAAGUUCCUAAUUUUAAUACUCCUCCCCUUACCUAUGGCCUCCAACUCUGUCCAUAUAAUAGUACAAAAAAUCAGUCUAACAGGUCAGCAUCCCCUGUCAGUGGGGACAGCAAGUCGAGGCGCCCAUAUGCACAUACUCACACUCACAAUUACAUCCCACAAGCAUUCCCUCACAUCUUAGCUUUCAGACCUCCAGGGAGGAGCUGAUCCUCAUAUAUCACCCUGUGCAAGGAUUAACUGAACAGCAUACCUAGGUCUUUUUGCAUUAGGGCACAACAUCAGAAUCAGUUUAUCCUUGCUGCAUCACUAUAGACAGAAUACAUUGCUUAACACCUGCAAACUAUUGUUGAAAUCCCAAAGACACUUUAGAAUUUCUAGUGAAGUACACUUCUAAUUUAUUGGCUCUCUUGAUUACAAAGCUUUGCUGGAUUAUCCAUUUUCCUUACCAGCUAUUUUAUAAUAAUGAUGACGAUGUAUCAACCAGCUGUCUUAUAAUGAUGGUACAUGAAGACCUAGUCUUCUGGGUAAGUGUUACAGGCCAAGAGUAACCACAGCAGUGAGUGUUUGUGCAUGGCUGGUCAUCUGUUGUCCUUCUCUUAAGGCAUGAUGAUAAACGGCAUUGUUAAACCAAAUCUCAUGCCACAUAAUGAUGUCUGCUUCUCAGUAUAGUCAUAGUCUGUACAAUUUUGAUCUUGAAAAUGUUUGUUUACUUUGGCUAUGCAUAGACAGUUGCUAUUCUGCCUACUGUUGGUCUAUGACACUUCAUAAGUCCUGAUAACCCUACACAAGGGCUUGCAAACAGGGAUAAAUUUGUAAGAAAUCUUACAAUGUUUUUACCAAGCUUUACAAGCAUUCUCUGAGUUCCUACAUCUUAUGCGUGAGUUGCUAAGGGAUGUUACAAGGACUUGUGAAUUUCUCAUAAAAUGCUUCCAGAAUACUAGAUACUUAAGCAGCAAUAAUUUCACGUUGGUUGGCUUGGAAACUUUCUUCCUCGAGUUGACAUUUAUACCCAAUAAUGUAAUACUUUGUUUUUGGAAGAGAUCCAAAGUGCACUGUGCCACUCUUUAUCACUGGUGUCCAUGUUUGGUUCAGUUCAAUGGAUAUAGAUGUGGAACUGUAACUUUUGAGGCAUUUCCUCACUGUUAAAGGAUUUCUCUCUCUCUCUCUCUCUCUCUCUCUCUCUCUCUCUCUCUCUCUCUCUCUCUCUCUCUCUCUCUCUCUCUCUCUCUCUCUCUCUCUCUCUCUCUCUCUCUCUUGCAGUCCACAUUUGAUACUUUGAGAUGGUGAAUAUUCAUGUAUUGCAGUAUUGUGUUAUCAUCAAAGUCAGUGAAAAGGAAGAGUCCAUUGAUAAUGUUCAGGUCUUUGUGGCAUGGCUACUACUGUUGUUUGGAGAGCUCUGUCUUUUUAGCGUCACUUCAUGAUAUUUUCUUGUGUUUAUUCAUUUUUUAUUGUAUAUGUACUGUAACUUGUUUCUUGUUUAUAUGUAUUUUCACAAGAUGGUAAGGUUCUUCAAAAUUCUAUGACAUUCACCUUGAAAGUUGGGAAACUAGUACACAUGAUCCCCAUAAAAAUACUGUAUAUGAAAAAAUUGUAUAUUGUAUAUUUGUAUCUGUGAAUAAAUGUAAACUGUCUCCUUGUUAGUGGCAACUAGAGCAGUGUCAUAUGUGGCCUCCCUUUAACUAGUAUAGCAGUCACAGUAAUUUCAGGCUCCCUCCCAUGACUCAGUCCUAAAUGAAGGAGGUGCUGGAUAAUCAAUUGCCAGUCAAGUGGCAUGCCUGUUGCAUUUUCUUUGUAAUAGAUAACUUUCCACACUAGUUCAGUUCUUGACACUGUUUUAUUAAAUCUGUGCUUCAAUUUUUUCUUUUAUUAAUAUUCCAAAGUAUGUACAUGGACAAUAUAAAGUCAUUUAUUUUCAAGUGAAUACAUUCCUUGCUUCCUUGCUCCUCUGUUCUUUUUGUACUGGGGACUUGUAAAUUCUUUUUAUUGAUGCUUACUUUGAUGCAUGAUUUGUAGUUACAAAAAAAUUUUGCCUUAGAUCCAAUGUAACAGACUGAGCUUUAGAAAUCAUUGGUCAGUGUAUUUGUUUAUUUCGUGCCUGGUCAUAGUGCUGGCAGGA